AUGGGGACUACACACUCUAAGAGUGGCGACAGGCAGGGGUCACCCCCUGGCCACCCUGAGCUGCCCUUCUACGGCUCUCUCCCCAGGAAAUGGAACGAGAAUGUCUUCUUGGAUAAUGAGCUAUUGACCUCCAAGAUCCUGUCGGUGCUGAGGCCCCAGACGGAGCGGGGCUUCAGGACAGGCAACCUCCGCUACCCUGCCCACUUUCUCAGCUCCAGCUCUGUAUUUGCCUCUGUUGCAGCCUCCCUGAAGGAGCACCCUCGGACCACACUUCUGUCUGAUGGCAGCAGCCCAGCUCCUUCCAGGAAUGUCGGCAUGACCGUCUCUCAGAAAGGGGGUCCCCAGCCAACACCGAACCCAGCUGGAUCUGGGGUGCGACUUGGACCAAUCGCUGGAGACAUGGAUGAAGCUGACUCCGUGUUUUUAAAAUUGAAGCAGACGGCCGACGACUCUCUGUCACUCACAUCCUCAAAUGCUGAGUCUGUUUUCAUAGAAGAUCCUUACAUUGCCUCACUGAGGUGUGAGAUUGAGUCGGAUGCCCAUGAGUUUGAGGCUGAGUCCUGGAGCCUCUCUGUGGAUUUAGCAUAUGCCAAGAAACAGAAGAAGGAGGUGGUAAAGAGACAAGACGUCCUGUAUGAGCUGAUGCAGACAGAGGCACAUCACGUGCGCACACUGAAGAUCAUGCUGAAAGUCUACUCCAGAGCCCUGCAGGAGGAGCUGCAGUUCAGUGGCCAGGCCGUCAGCCGCCUGUUUCCCUGCGCUGAUGACUUACUGGACAUGCACAGCCACUUCCUUGCCCGCCUUAAGGAGCGCCGGCAGGAGUUUCUAGAGGAGGGCAGUGAUCGGAAUUACGUCAUCCAGAAGAUCGGAGAUGUCCUGGUUCAGCAGUUCUCAGGAGAAACCGGGGAGAGAAUGAAGGAGAAAUACGGCGUGUUCUGUAGUGGCCACAAAGAUGCGGUCAGUCACUACAAGUUAUUGCUGCAGCAGAGCAAGAAGUUUCAAAACUUAAUCAAGAAAAUUGGCAACUUCUCCAUUGUGCGACGUCUGGGAGUACAGGAGUGUAUCCUUCUGGUCACACAGCGUAUAACCAAGUACCCGGUGCUAGUGGAACGCAUCAUCCAGAACACAGAAGCCGGCACCGAGGACUACAAAGACCUGAGCCAGGCCCUGAGCCUCAUCAAAGACAUCAUCUCACAAGUGGACGCCAAAGUCAGUGAGUGUGAGAAGGACCAGCGCCUCAAGGAGAUCGCAGCCAAAAUGGACUUGAAGUCCUCCAGCAAACUCAAGAACGGGCUAACCUUCCGGAAGGAGGACAUGCAGCAGCGCCAGCUCCACCUGGAAGGCACCCUGUGCUGGAAGUCCACAUCAGGGCGCUUGAAAGAUGUCCUCGCUGUCCUGCUGACCGAUGUGCUUUUGCUGCUCCAAGAAAAGGAUCAGAAAUAUGUCUUUGCUUCUGUGGACUCAAAGCCACCCGUCAUCUCUCUGCAAAAGCUCAUCGUGAGAGAGGUAGCCAACGAAGAGAAGGCCAUGUUUCUGAUCAGCGCCUCCAUGCAGGGGCCAGAAAUGUACGAGAUCUAUACCAGCUCCAAAGAGGACAGGAACAUCUGGAUGGCCCACAUCCGCCGAGCUGUGGAGAGCUGCCCUGACGAGGAGGAGGGCGUUUUCAGCGAGGCCGAGGAGAGAAAGAUGGCUGAAGCCCGCACCAUGAAACUCCGGGACUUUCAAGAGCGACUGAGCCUGAAAGACCAGCUGAUUGCCCAGAGCCUUCUGGAGAAACAGCAGAUCUACCUGGAGAUGGCUCAGCUGAGUGGGCUGGAAGAGUCGGCCCAGUAUCAAGGCCUCUUCCGAGGAGGCGGAGACCCCUCCGAAACCCUACGGGGGGAGCAGAUUCUCAGAUCGGCCAUGAGUGAGAUUGAGGGCAUCCAGAGCCUGAUCUGCCGGCGCCUGGGGAACACCAAUAGCCAAGUGGAGGAGGGAGGUGUCUCUGCAGGCCUGCCUCGGAGGGCUGAGACCUUUGGGGGCUAUGACAGUGUGGGCAGCCCCAGCAAGGGUGGCAGCUUUAGAAGAAAGGUGUACCACAGUGACCCCAGGCCCCAAGACUGGCAGGGGCCUGCUAACAGCCCAGACUCCAACCUCUGUGACACCACCACCCCCAGUGGCUGCUGCGAGGAAUCGCCACAGGAUGUGGAGAUGCCUAGCACAGAGAGUAGCUCCUGUCUGCCCACUAUCCUGGAAUCAGAGCUGGUCCACCGGGUCCAGACACUGUCGCAGUUGCUUCUUAGUCUCCAGGUAGUCAUCGCUCAACAGGAUAGCUAUGUGGAGAUGCAACGAAUGGCCAUCCAGGAGCGCGAGAAGCAGUUCCGGCUGCAGUCGACACGUGGGAACCUGCUGCUGGAGCAAGAGCGGCAACGCAACUUUGAGAAGCAGCGUGAGGAGCGCGCGGGUGUGGAGAAGCUGCAGAGCCAGCUGCGUCAGGAGCAGCAGCGAUGGGAGCGGGAGCGGGCACGCCAGCAGCAGGAACUGGAGCUGGCAGGCGCGCGACUGCAGGAGCGAGAGGGCGAGGCGCGCCAGCUGCGCCAGCGACUGGACCAGGAACGCACAGAGCUGGAGCGACAGCGCCAGGCCUACCAGCAUGAUCUGGAGCGGCUGCGAGAGGCCCAGCGAGCAGUGGACCGUGAACGUGAGCGCCUGGAGCUGCUGCGCAGGUUCAAGAAACAGAACACUGUACCAGGGGCACUGCCCCCGGAAGUGCUGGCAGAGGCCCAGCCUACAAGUCAGCCUCCCAGCUUCAAUGGGGAUGGGCUAGAGGGGCUCUUGGGCCCAGCCAAAGCACCGGGAACCCAAGGGAGCAUGCUGCUACAUGGCACAGGACCUGAGUACGUAGAGCGACCUGAGGUAGCCCGCUGGGACAGUGCCCCUGCUGAGAGCCGGCCAGCCAAGAGCGAUGUGCCCAUCCAGCUGCUCAGUGCCACCAAUCAGAUUCAGAGGCAGACAGCCGUGCAGCAGCAGAUCCCCACCAAACUGGCUGCCUCCACCAAGGGAGGCAAGGACAAAGGCAGCAAGAGCAGGGGUUCCCAGCGCUGGGAGAGCUCAGCAUCCUUCGACCUGAAGCAGCAGCUGCUCCUCAACAAGUUCAUAGGCAAGGAUGAGAAUGCAUCACGAAACCGUCGCUCACUGAGUCCCGUCCUGCCUGCCACCCAUGGAUCUGCACCUGCCCCAGACCCCUGCUUCCCAGCCCCAAGCCCGGCCCCAGCUGCCACACCCCCUGAGGCCUUCAAGUUCGGAGGCACGUCACUGCCACCUGCCUCCCCAGCUCCCUCGCUGCCAACCACACCGCUCACCACCACAGAUGAAGUUGGCAAGGAAGACGUCAUCUUCUUCUGAGGGCCAUGGCCCCGAGAGCAGACCCCUUUCUGUCCUGAUAACCCUUUAUGUCUCUGGGGAUCCUAUGGGUGACUGUUCCGUCUGGCCAUCUCCUUCCCCUGCACAAGCACAGCCAGGCACUUGUUCACCUGAGAGUCCCCAGUUGGUGUCUUGGGUCUCACAGUUCUCUAUAGAUUUAGUGGUAGAACAUGGGUAUCCCCUUGAACAUACACACACACAUGCAUAUGCACGUAGUUAUGCAUAUGCAUGUAAAUAAGCUCAAACGAAGUUCUUUUCAGUUGAGAGUGGAACCCCAGCUAAACCACUGAGCUAUUUUAAACCAGACAUAGGAAGUACAAAGCUAGGGAAACAGGAGACAGAGCAGGCAGGUCUGAGAAGACCCCAGCCCCAGGAGACAGAGCAGGCAGAUCUGAGAAGACCCUGGCCCCAGGAGACAGAGCAGGCAGAUCUGAGAAGACCCCAGCCCCAGGAGACAGAGCAGUCAGGUCUGAGAAGACCCCGGCUCCAGGACACAGAGCAGUCAGGUCUGAGAAAACCCCGGCCCCAGGAGACAGAACAGUCAGGUCUGAGAAAACCCCGGCUCCAGGACACAGAGCAGGCAGGUCUGAGAAAACCCCGGCCCCAGGAGACAGAGCAGGCAGGUCUGAGAAAACCCCAGCCCCAGGAGACAGAGCAGGCAGGUCUGAGAAGACCCCGGCCCCAGGAGACAGAGCAGGCAGGUCUGAGAAGACCCAGGCUCCAGGAGACAGAGCAGGCAGGUCCAGGGGCAGACUCCAUAACUCCCAGGGAUCUCUGGAUUGAACUGAGUCAUUUUGCACCAGAAGGCACUAGAAUCACCCGGAGUCCAGCGAAUCUCCACUUUGAAAGCAGCAGCUGGCACUGGCCACAGCCUUGACCAGUAAGUGAACUGGGCAACUACAGAGGACCACAGGGUUGGACAGACUCAGGCAGCCCCAGGCAACCCAUGGAGCAGUGGACUGGAUCUGUGGGUUCAGAAAUCAAUCUGAAGAGGGGUUACCAACUGUCACUCCUUGUAGUAGGCCGAGUUUUUCCAGCUCUGCUUCUCAAAGGGCGCCUGCCAUGUCCUCCCAUCCACCUUAGCUGAGAUGCAGAGCCCCAGGUUCAGCAGGGCAGUAUAUAUCUCAGACAGACAGUGUCUGGUCACUGCGAAAUGAGGUUUUCCCUGGUCCCUUCAGUGUCCUGCCAGAAAAGCAGAGCUAACACAUUCAGGGACAUGUGGAGGAAUGGCCUAGUGACAUUGCCAGUAAGUAGCCACAGGUGACUAUCUUGGUACCACCUCAGCCUGUGCAGGAGUUGGGACAGUAGCUGGCCUGAUCUAGUCUUGUUCCCAGAACUGGGCAGAUCUGAGUUCCAGGUCUUACCACAUUUAGACCUGCCCAAGGUCCAGAAUCAUCCCUUACCAGGUUUCCCUGCUGUACCCUGCCCUGAAGUACUAACAGGCAGGACCAAGUCCUCCACUGAUGGUUCAUAGUCCCAAAAAGGACAGUCUCUAGAGCCCAGCAUCCUAAGGACCCACUACCAAGAGCCUUGCCCUGUGAUACUUAAUGCAGCCAGCCAGGCCAUCCCCACCACUGUGGAACAGGGACAUGUCAGAGGCUGCUGGCAUGAGCAACAGAGACCUCCAGAGCCAAGACUUAAGCAUUCAUGAGCUCAGGGAGCGACUGUGGAUGUGGGUACCAGAGUCCUCCAGCUGGCAGGCAACAGGGUGCAGAAAGUGGUGGUCUCUAAUAUUAGACUUCAGAGUGCCAGGAGUGGUGUGCCCCAUCCCCGUCCUCAUCCCUAGGCUUGUGGACCCCUGCACCUGAACAGCUCUUAUUCUGGUCCUUUCCUGUCUGUCGUGUGUCCAGAGUGUAGCUACAUCUACCAGACCUCAUUGUGCCAUGUUGCUAAUCAGUGUUUUGUGUUUUGGGGUUUUUUUUUUCCUUUUUUUUUUCUUUUGUACUGAGAUGUAUCAGAGCACUUUAGGAAAGCUGAGUUUUAAGUUCCCACUCUGUGAAGAGAACAUUCCAGUACCCAACCAGAGCUGGGUAGGCUCACCAUCAGACACCAUGACUUUUUGGAUUUAGAAGUUCAAAUGGUCUCCACUUGGCCUUAGGAAGGAUUCAGCUUAUCUCUGCCAGAUGGCCAGGUGGUUCUCAGCUGUGUACCGCACACAGUAGGACAGUGUCACCAGCAGCCAUGGGCUCCUUCCUGGAAGAUCUCAUUUGUGAAGACGGUGAGCUAGCAGCAUUCAGUCUCUGAGGUUGAGUGGCAUCCCCUGUCAGUUGUGACCGUGAUUCUUUGCCUACCCUUGAUUAUUUUCACAGUGAUAACAGAGCACCCUGGCAACAGGGUAUUCUGGAACCACCCUAGAACUUAUGACCAGAUUCGAGCAAUAAAAUUAUCCAAAGGA